AGUGUGUUCGUAUCUCGUAAUAACAUUCGAAAUUAGUUGGUUCUAAGUUUGUCUAACUUUCAAUUUCCAUAUUUUAUUAACUUUGAUGGUGCAGAUUGCAGAUUAUAUAUAGUUUGUGUGAGAAAACAGUAUGGUGGGUAGAAAGAAGAAAACAAAAAGACCACAGGAGGAAGAUUUGAUUAGCAACUUACACGAACCAUUGAUAUUUGAAAUACUUACUCAUCUUCCUACAAAGGAUGCUGUAAGAACAAGCGUUUUGUCCACAAGAUGGAGAUAUCUUUGGCAAUCAGUUCCUGGAUUGGACUUAGCCAUCUGCAAUUUCUCAAAUGUCAAUGCCUUUGUGAGUUUUGUUAAAAGGUUUCUUGAUUCCCAAGAGUCGUCUUGGAUACGCAAACUUCGGUUAUAUUUGGGUUAUCGUCAUAUUAUAUGUGAUCUCAUACCAUGGAUUGAUGCUGUGACUAGUCGUAGGAUUCAGCAUCUUGAUGUUGAUUAUUACAGCGGUGAUGGUAUACCCGUGAGCAUAUAUACAUGUGAGACACUAGUACACUUACGACUUUGUUGGUGUAGCUUGCCUAAUGCCGAGUUUGUUUCCUUACCUUGUCUGAAGAUCAUGCAUUUAGAGCGUGUUAGAUUUACUAGUGAUACCACACUUGAGAAACUAAUCUCAGGCUCUCCAGUUCUGGAAGAUUUAAAACUCUCUUGUUCGAAUCAUAAGGCAAUACAAGUUCGUUCUCAUAAGAUAAAGCGAAUCGACAUCGAUAUGGAUGAGUCUAGUGAAGUUGUUAUUGAUGCACCUCUUCUCCAGUGUCUGAGGACUAAGAUAGCCUCAACAAAACAGUUUCGGAUCAACAAUUUGGGUUUCCCUGCCAAACUUGAUAUUGAUUUGCAAUUGUGGCGCGGCCGCCCCAUGGUGAAACCCCCUAAAAAGGUGAUUCGCGAUAUCCUCACCGACAUUCGGAGGGUCAGGGAUCUAGUUAUUACUAGUAAUAUUUGGAAGGAAUUCUCUCUAUACACAAAAUCGAGACCAGUGCGUCAUUUUCGUAAUCUAUCCCGCUUGAAUGCUAGAUUUGCUAUAUGUGAUCUUGAAAUGCUACCAACUCUUCUUCAGAGCUGCACAAAGCUAGCAUCUCUCACAUUGGAUAUAUUCAGGUACGCAUACGUACGUGAUGAGGAGAAGAGACAACCAAAUGUGAUGUUUGCAGCAGUGCCUCCGUGUUUGGUAUCAUCUCUUAAGUUUGUCGAACUGAAACUUCGAAUCGUGAUAUGGGAAGAAGAAAUAAUGAAGCUAGUAAGUUACUUGCUGAAAAGUUCAACAAUCCUGGAGAAAUUAAGGCUCAAUGUUCGCAACAGGGAAAAGGAAAAGUUUGACUACCGUACAGAAGUCCUUGCAAUGACAAGAUGCUCUAGCGCUUGUGAAGUCAUUGUUCUUUAAGUUACUUAACAAAAUGUCGUUUAAAUUACUUUCUUUUA